GAAUCUCCAGUUUAUUGCCUAUGAUUAUUGAACCUGCAAAGUAGUAAAUAACUAAUGGAAAAAUGAAUUAUUUUUUGAAAUGUGAUUAUUGUACUUGCAAACCAGUAAAUAUCACUGAAAAACAUUCUUAUUUCAUUACAAUUUCAAAUUGUCUUCUAAAUUAUUCUAUUUGCAAUUGCAGUGUUUUCUACUUGCUUCUCUUGUGUCAUUUGUGUGGGCACUGGGAACAAUAUAGCAUGGUUGUCAAUAUUGGUAUCAAUUUCAGGCAUUCAAAAAACUUAGCAUUUGUGGAUGUUUCUCCAGAAGAACUAUUUCACAAUGAACGUUCCUUUAUGAAUGAGGUAUCAAAGGCAAGCCCAAUGGAGACUCAAACAGCUAAGGAAAUACAAACGAAUGGAACUGUAAAACAGAAUGCAAGUUCUUCAACCGAACAACCUUAUUAUCGCCAACUGUUCAAUCUGUUCAAAGCUCACAAAGAUCCUAGACAAAAUCCAAUUGCUUAUUCCUGUAAUAGAUUGAGAAAGACAAGCUACUUCUUCUGUAUUGUGGUAGAAAUUACUGUACUUUACUGGAUGAAUUAUUUCCAUUUGCUUACAAGUUGUGCUACAACUGCAAUUAUUUUUAUCAAUUUUGCAUCAAAAAUGUCAACUAAAGGAUCAUCUAAAGGAUCAAAAAAUUCGAGAAAGAAUGCUUCAGGUAGUAGAACUGGCCCGGGUUGGGAGCAUGGAUAUGAUGUUGUUGGUAAUUCAAGAAAGGUGAAAUGCAAGGAUGCGGAGGCAUGUAUUAGUGUUCCUGAUAAUGUGAAGAAGAAGAUGUUGUCCCUUGUAUGCAAAAUUGCUCAAGCAUCUGAAACAAAGAAAAGGAUUAUUUGUUCUAAUGAGGAUUCAUCAGACAGUGGUGAAGAGCCACAAGCAAGCGUCGAGAGUAACAUAGGUGAUAAAGAUGCUAUAGGAUGUGAUAAUGAGCUUGAUGGUACUGAUGAUUUUGAUGUUGAGGAUGAAGAUGGAGUUGAUGAUUUGGAUGUCGUCAUGGAUGUUUUAUCUUAG